GCGCCGGAUCCUGAAGCGACCGUUACCCUCUAACAGGCGACCGUUUACCCUGCCCUUCUUCUUCCCAGUUCCCCCCGUAUUCCCUGGCGGUUUUCCUCACACUAGCGCUAUCCUUCAACGCCGCUGCACUUUUUUUCUUCCUCACAGGUGCAUUUGGUCUCCUCUUGACGCACUUUUCUCACUUAUUGGGAAUUAACGGACAUCUGAGGAUCGUGUGGAUGCGCGUGUUCGGAGGGACGCGGAGAUGGAUUUGCUGAUAAUAUGUCUUUCUGUUGGGAUAUUGCAGUGCAGUUCGGUGGGCGCGGACUCCAUCAUUCACAUCGGUGCCAUUUUUGAGGAGAAUGCAGCGCGGGAUGAUGAGGUGUUUCAGUUGGCUAUCUCUGACCUCAGCCUCAAUGAUGACAUUUUGCAGAGUGAGAAAAUAACCCAUUCCAUAAAAUAUAUUGAACCCAACAACCCCUUUCAGGCAGUCCAGGAAGCAUGUGAACUGAUGACGCAGGGGAUCCUGGCGCUGGUCACGUCUACAGGUUGUGCAUCUGCUAGCGCACUGCAGUCCCUGACAGAUGCCAUGCACAUACCACACUUGUACGUCCAACGGAACACUGAGGGAUCGCCCCGUACCGCCUGCCAGCUCAAUCCAAGCCCUGACGGAGAGCGAUACACCCUCGCUGCACGACCGCCCGUCCGUCUCAGUGAUGUCAUGUUGACGCUGAUCGGUGAGCUACGCUGGCAGAAAUUCAUCGUCUUCUAUGACAGCGACUAUGAUAUCCGUGGAUUGCAGGUGUUUCUGGACCAGACCUCUCGGCAGGGUUUGGACGUGUCUCUGCAGCGUGUGGACAGAAACAUCAGCGGGGUGUUCUCUAGUCUGUUCACCUCCAUGCGCACAGAGGAGCUCAACCGCUACAGAGACACCCUCAGAAGAGCUAUACUGCUGCUCAGCCCACGGGGAGCCCAGGUCUUCAUUCACCAGGCUGUGGAGACUAACCUGGCAUCCAAAGACAGUCACUGGGUGUUUGUGAAUGAGGAGAUCAGUGACAGUGAGAUUAUGGAGCUGGCUCACAGUUCUCUGGGCAGGAUGACGGUGGUCAGGCAGAUCUUCCCACUGUGGAGAGACAGCAGUGUAAGCUGUAUGAGAAACAACCACCGCAUCUCAUCGCUGCUCUGCGACCCUCAGGAGGGAUACCUGCAGUCACUAGAGGUGUCCAAUCUCUACCUGUAUGACAGCGUGCUCAUGCUGGCCAAUGCCUUCUACAGAAAACUAGAAGACAGGAAGUGGCACAGCAUGGCCAGUCUCAACUGCAUCAGAAAGUCAACAAAGCCCUGGAAUGGAGGCUGGUCCAUGCUGGAGACCAUCCAAAAGGGCCGUAUAACCGGUCUCACAGGAAUUAUGGACUUUAUGGACAAUGGAUCAAAUUCCCAUGUUCAGUUUGAGAUUUUGGGAACCAGCUUUAGUGAGACAUUUGGAAAAGACAUCAAACGCUUGGCCACGUGGGAUUCUGUUCAUGGGCUCAAUGGCAGUCUAAAGGAGAGUCGUAUUGAGAACGGCAUGCAGGGAGUUUCUGUCAAAGUAGUCACGUUGUUGGAGGAUCCGUUUGUCAUGGUGGCAGAGAAUAUUCUCGGACAGCCCAAGAGAUAUAAGGGCUUCUCAAUUGAUGUGCUGGACGCCUUGGCCAAGAUCCUCGGAUUCAAGUACGAUCUCUACCAGGUAGCAGACAGCAAAUACGGUUCUCAGCUGUCCAAUGGCUCUUGGAAUGGAAUGAUCGGGGAGCUCAUCAACAAGGCAACAGAUCUGGCAGUGUCCGCCAUCACCAUCACACCAGAGCGAGAGAACGUGGUGGACUUCAGCAAGCGCUACAUGGACUACUCUGUGGGGAUCCUAUACCGCAAACCCGAGGAAAAGAUUAACAUCUUUUCACUGUUCGCUCCGUUCGACUUGGCUGUGUGGGCCUGUAUCGCAGCUGCCAUCCCUGUGGUGGGCGUUUUGAUCUUCCUGCUCACACGGAUGCAGAUGCUCCGAUCCCAGAAUCCACCAGGAACCCAUCCAGCUUCGACCAUGUCUAACUCGCUGCACAGUGCCAUAUGGAUUGUCUAUGGGGCCUUUGUACAACAAGGUGGCGAUUCAAUGGUGGGGUCUGUGGCAUUGAGGAUCGUCAUGGGCAGUUGGUGGUUGUUUACAUUGAUUGUGUGUUCGUCUUACACCGCAAACCUGGCUGCGUUCCUAACCGUGUCCCGCAUGGACAACACUAUAAGAACGUUUCAGGAUCUUGCGAGGCAGAUGGACUAUUCCUACGGCACUGUCAGGGACUCGGCGGUGUAUGAUUACUUCAGAGCCAAGGGCACAAAUCCACUGGAGCAGGACAGCACAUAUGCGGAGCUUUGGAGGACCAUCAACAAAAACAACGGACAGGACUUUUCCGUGUCCAGCCCCUCUGAAGGCAUACGCAAGGCCAAAAAAGGGCCAUAUGCAUUCCUAUGGGAUAUGGCAGUGGUGGAGUAUGCAGCGCUGACAGAUGACGACUGUACCAUCACUGUAUCCGGCAACAGUAUGAGCAGCAAAGGCUACGGCAUCGCCAUGCAACACGGGAGUCCGUACAGAGACCUUAUCUCACAAAAGAUUCUGGAGCUGCAAGAGAAAGGAGAUCUGGAUGUGUUAAAGCAGAAGUGGUGGCCUCGGACGGGCCGCUGCGACCUCGACAGCCACAGUAACGCCCAGCCGGACGGCCGCUCCCUCAAACUUCACAGCUUCGCUGGCGUCUUCUGCAUCCUCGCCGCGGGGCUCCUGCUGGCCUGUCUGGUGGCCGCGCUGGAGAUGUGGUGGAACAGCAACCGCUGCCGGCAAGAGCAGCCGAAAGAGGACAAGGAGGUGAACCUGGAGCAGGUGCAUCGGCGUAUGAACAGUCUUAUGGACGAGGACAUGGCGCACAAGCAGAUUCCCGCACCAUCUAUCGAGAUCUCUGCCCUGGACAUCGGCAGCAUGCCACCCAGCCAGCAGCGGGAAGCUGUGUGCGAUUACCCAGGCACGGGCCUGUCUGUGAGCACCUUCCUGUCGGAGCAGGCUCGUGGGGUGGGCCGAACGCUGGCCCCUGGCAGGACCCUGACCCUCCCUCUCAGCAGUUCCACCAUGCCCUCCAUCCAAUGCAAACACAGGGCUCCGAACGGGGGGCUGUUCCGACAGAGCCCCAGCAAGACGCCCAUGCCAAUGUCCUACCAGUCAGUACAAGGAGGACCCAUCCCCGAAGCUAUUGAGCCCACUCAUAGUACAUCCAUCUAAGGUUGGCUUGAUCAUGGGACACCUCGUACUUGCUUUUCAAAGGAAGACAAGAAGGCGAAGGUGUGGGUGUCAGGGCUCGGAACUGAAAAUGUGUAAAAAGAGUUUAAAAAAGAUAGUACGUGGAGAUUUUUAUUACGGAAAAAAAAAAUUGAAAAAUCAUUUUUCUUGUAUAUAUUUGUAAAUACUGAAAGAGCAAAGUAAGUAAAUUGUAUUUUGAAUAUUCUCAAUUUUUGAAGUUGAGUUACAAACACAAAUUAAAAACAAAAAAGGACAUAGAAAAAUAAUUAAAAAAUGACUGUUUGAAUGGCUUUGUGAAUUUUGUUCUCUAUUAUGAGUAAAGACUCCAAUUCAUUGUGAUUGUUUUCUAAGUGCCGAAAUAAAAGAUGUCUCUCCACAUUUUCUUACUAGAUUAUCAUACAUGAUUGUAGGACCCCAAAAGCAGAGCGUUCGUAAUUAUGCACCCCUUUUACACUCAGAAACAUUAAUUUAUUCUCCAGUACCUGCAAACAGUGUGGCUAUUUCAAUGCUGAUUCAUUUCCUGUAGUGGUUGACUAAGAUGGGUUUUUCAGUGGCCGAUACUGAUAUCUAGAGAACAGGAUGGCCAAUAUAAAUGCUGAUAUACAUAAUACAAUUACUUGUUUUAUAACAUAUAUAGUAAAAUUUGCUCAAACUUAAUUGUAAAAUUGCCAAAUACUUGAUGAUAUUUUGGUAAGUCACUAGUUUUCUGAUUUCUGUGUUUGUAUCGAUUUGUUUAUGGUGACAGACAAACGAAACCAUCUCAAUCGAAGCAACAACACAGAAACAACUGUUUGAUCAUUAUGGUUUUGUAUCUGGUGACACCAUCUAUUCAUGAGCACAACCCACCAUACAAGUAUACUGUAACUUUAAUUUGUUGCAUAUCAAACAGGCGGAUGAAUCGAUACCGUUUGUGAAAGAGCUGUAAAUGUACAGUUAUUGUUUUUUAUUUAUUUUUAUUUUUUGCCUUUUUUGUUGUUUUACUGUAGUGCACUUCACACUGAUAACAUAGACAAUAAAAAACUUGUACAUUAAAUGAUUUUCAUAAUAUACAUGUUGUGAUAUCUUUUUUUCUAAUGAAAAUACGUGAUUGGUGUAAAAUAGUAUGUAUAAUAUUGGUAUGCCCACCACUGGAUUAACACCACAUGCUGACAAUUCUAAAUACUCCAAACACACCUAUAGAACCUUUUUUUACUGUCAACUAAGCUUUUGUUUUUUCUUACUUCAUAUUGAUUUUAACAUUUUUAUAAGGAGGUUCGGAUGAAUUCUGAAUAUCAAUUGCAUGGUGACUUAAACCAGAAUUACCUUAUACAUUAACCUGUGCGCAAUACCCUGUUUCCGACAUUCCUCAAAUCACACAGAAAAGGACAUUUGUCAGUGUGGAGCACAUCAACUAGUUUCUGAGGAGAUUUCACCCUGCACAUGCUUGUCAUUCACUACUCUACAUUAGGUUGUAUCCUUUAUAUUAUGUACAAGUAGUUACUAAUGUGAACCAAAGUGAUAUAUUAUACUGUGUAACACAACCUGUGGCUUGAGAUGCCAACAGCAGUGGUAAGGAUGUCCUGCGUCAUUUGUAGGAUUAUGUGUGUUCACUGCCUUACGCUUGUGCGCCUUUUGAGUUCAGAGAAUUACCUCCAAUAUCUCAUGAAAUAUAAUGGUAUCAUAGCAUAGUCUGUGUCAUGACAU